AUGGGCGGCUGGGGGGGAGGGGGAGGGGGACAGAGUCAGCCAAUCAGCAGCCAGGAUCUGAGCGCGAGCCCCGCCCGCGAGACCGGGGGACGGAGGCAGCCAAUCAGCAGCUCGGAUCUGGGCGCGAGCCCCGCCCGCGGGAGAGGGGUGGCAGGGGUCGGUGGGCGGGGGGGGACGGAGGCAGCCAAUCAGCAGUCCGGAGCUGGGCGCGAGCCCCGCCCGCGGAAGAUGGGCGGCUGGGGGGGAGGGGGUGGGGUGCAGAGUCAGCCAAUCAGCAGCCAGGAUCUGAGCGCGAGCCCCGCCCGCGGGGGGAAGGGUGGCGGGGGCGGUACGGAGUCAGCCAAUCAGCAGCCAGGAUCCGAGCGCGAGCCCCGCCCGCGGGAGAGGGGGACGGAGGCAGCCAAUCAGCAGCCAGGAUCCGGGCGCGAGCUGUCGCCCGAGCCCAGCUGUGGGGGCAAGGGGCGCCGCCCGCCCCGCCCCGCCGUCCAAUCCCGAGCCACGCCGGCUCUGACGUCACCCUUCCCGCCUCCCCACGCCACGCUGAUUCCGCGGAGGCUCCCGGCGCGUGCCGCCCAUUUCGGCGCCGACCAAUCAGCGGGCGUCCGGGCCGGGCCGCCAGCCAAUGGGGGACGGCGGAGCCGCCGCGGCUUACCUCCGACCAAUCAGCGGGCGUCCGGGCCGGGCCGCCAGCCAAUGGGGGGCAAAGGAGCCCCCGCGGUUUACGCAAUCCCCGCCGACCAAUCAGCGGGCGUCCCGGCCGGGCCGCCAGCCAAUGGGGGGCGAAGGAGCCCCCGCGGCUUACGCAACCCCGGCGGGCUGUUGCCGCUGUGUCCCUCCCGCCCAAUCAGCGCCGCCCGCCCCGCCCCGCCGUCCAAUCCCGAGCCUCGCCGGCUCUGA